GGUGCAUUAUAUUUGUCGGUAUCAAGCUUUCAUUAUGGACGCGGGACUCAAUCAGCGACACAGCUCUAUUACCUGCCGCCGCCGCGCCGCCCAAUCCCGGCGGGGAUGGGCGGCCAGGCUCGGCCCCGCUGUGGCCUGGUUGGCUGGCGGGGCGAGGGGCGGGCAGCGGGCGGGGCCUGUGUCAGUCAGCUGGCGGCGUGCGGGGCGCGGGGCGGAGCCGGCCGGCUGUGGUCUUGGCGAGGGGCGGGAGUCAGUAUAUAAGCCGGGGAGGCGGUAGUAAGAUGUCCGAGUGACAGCCGGCUGUCAGCCACGCCAGCCAGGACGUGCAGUGUUUGACACGUGAGUCUCCUGACGCGGCAGAGAGGAGCUCCGUCAUGGCUCUUGAGCUGGAGCGUCAGCAGCAGGGUGCCCCCGCCCCAGCCCCGGCAGCCCUCGCGCCCUCCAGCCCGGCCUUGCCGCCCACGCCUCCCUCGCACGACGCCCGAAGCCCUUCCUCGCCCACUCAUGACGCCCGCAGCCCACCGCCGCCCUCGCCGCGCUCCCCGCUGGAGUCUAAGCUGCCUCUCUCCCCGCCGCCCUCCGCUGCUAGCCCGCGCACGUUGCCCUUCAGCAUCGAAAACAUCUUGCGGCCAAACUUCGGUGUGACUACCCGCCUGCCAGAGCGACCCAGCGUCCGCACACCAGAGCUGCUCCUCCGCACGCCGCCCAAGACCCCCGAGGCGCCCGUGGACCUCAGUCAGAAGCCGACGACCACAACGGGAACGGCAGCGGCGGCCAAGGUUGGCGGUAACAAGUACCCCGAGAACCCCGAGGUGCUGGCCAACCCCCGCGUGCCCGCAGAGGACGGCAACAACUGGCCCGCCUGGGUGUACUGCACGCGCUACUCCGACAGACCCUCCUCAGGUCCCCGCUCAAGAAGGAUGAAAAGGCGGGAGCGGAACCCGGAGGAAAAGCGACCCCGGACGGCCUUCACCUCGGAGCAGCUGGCGAGGCUCAAGAAGGAGUUUGAGGAGAACAAAUACCUGACGGAGAAGAGGCGGCAGGACCUCGCGCGGGACCUGGGCCUGAAUGAGUCGCAGAUCAAGAUUUGGUUCCAGAAUAAGCGAGCCAAGAUCAAGAAGGCGAAUGGGCAGAAGAGCGGGUUGGCUAUACACUUGAUGGCGCAAGGACUGUAUAACCAUUCUACAGUUCCCGUUGACGAGGAGGAGCAGUAUAUGUGUAAGGGAGACGAGGAGGAGGAUGUGUAUCGCCCCUUCCUCCUCCAGCACCCUCCUGCCACCAAUCCUCUCCCCCCUCACUCCCAUCCCCCCCCGCCGCCGUAAUCCUAAAAUCUUACCAAAAAUCGCACCACUUGACCAAAAACGUUAUUCCUUACCUACCAGUUCAACCACGUUAUGCAAACCGCCAUUAUUUUGUGUACUCCAGUUUUUAUAUUUUUGUUCCUGUUGUCUUUCAUAUUUUGUUGUUUAUCUUUCCACCCGUCUAUUUGUGUUCGUUUAUAUGCCUGUUCUUUUUUACCCUAUCUUUUGUUUAUUCACACACACACACACACACACACACACACACACCACCCUCCCCCUCCCCCCCCACCGCCACCACCACUGUUUGUCAUUCACGUCACUCCAUUACCUCAUUUCAAUGGUCUUGAUGUGGCUUGGAAAAAAAAAAAAACUUUGAUGUACUCUUCCUCUCCCUCACUCCCUCCCACACCCCGUCAAGCCCUUAGCACCCCACCUCCCCUCCCCUCCAGCCUUUAUCAACCUCCCUCCGCCCUUUCCCUUGCGGCGUGACCCUCAUGUCAAGGCGUGGCGAGGCGUGGCGGCGGAGUCCAAGGCGAGAUACUGAAGAUGACGCUUGCGGUGUGUCCUGACGGGCGGCACGCGGAGGCCUGAUCCUGAGUGACAGCUUGGGCGGCACUUCAGGGGGCAUUUGUGGCUCUCUUCCUCCCCCUCGACCCUCCUCCGCUCCUCCCAGGCUCACCUCUGAUCCUCCUUUCUCCCCAGUCUGUCACAGCUUUGCCUCACCCCAGCCCCUCCUUCCUUAGUAUGUCUUAGCUUCUCUUCUCCUUUAGUUACUCUCCCCAGCUUCUCACAGUCUCCUCUUAUCUCUUUCCUUUCCUAUUGUGUCUGUCUCUUCUUCAUCCCUGCUCCUCUUCUUAGCUUUUCACUCUUAUCUUUCAUCCUUGUUCCUGUGACCUGCUCCUCUCGUUCUCUUCUCAGCUUUUCCUCUCCGUUCCAGUCUCUACUUCUAUUCCUUUUAUCCCCCAACAGCCCACCUCAGCCUCUCCCCUCAUCCCUGUUGCUCUCCCCAGGACGUGACUACCCACUUUCACAUCCCCAAGUCAUCCUUUCCAUCUAAAUACCCGAAACUCCUUCUCACGGCCCUUUUCAUUUAUACACAACCUGACGUCCACUCUAGUUUGUACCUUUCCAUCCCCCUCAAUCCAUGAAACCAGGUCAUGUCCUCAAGCCUCAUGUCCUUAACUAGCCUCAAUAACCUUCAGUAACUAUCUAAUGUCAUUCCCGGGGUCUCGUUUAUUUUCCCUACCACUUGUGUUCCUCAGCAUUGCCCAACGUCACUCCUAGAGCCUCUUCUCCUCCCCCAGCAACUCCCCACGUCCCCAGCCCGUCAGGAAGCAACCACAAACGUACCCGACCCCUUCCCUCCCUCCCCCUUCUCCCCUUUUUCCAUUCCCCCUCCCCCCCCCCCCCCGUCUCGUCUCACUUCGUAUGCAUAAACUGAAGUUGCAUCGUCCAACUCACUUUGCAAAUCCACUCGCAUCUUCGUCACCUCGUCAUCCCGCACUUCAUGAUGUCCUUGACCUUCCCGCACACCCGCACAUACCAACAUUCCUCUCCCUCCUCCGCUGUACUCCUCCUCCUCCUCCUCCUCCUUCUCCUCCUCCUACUCAUUUCUUCCUUCCUACACUUUUCCUUCCUCUUGUUUCUGAUUUUCUUGCCUUCCUACAUUUAUUCUUGUGUUAUUUAUUGUUACAUCUUCUCAGUUUCUCUUUCGUUGCUUCUUUUUGUAUUUUCUCUUUGUUUUAUCUCCCUUUUUCUUUCUUUUCGCUUCCUUAACGUCAAUGUCCCUUCGUUUUAUUCUCAUAGUCUAUUUAUCUCUCUCCUUCCCCUCACAACCCGCCAAAGACCAACCAACCAGCCAGCAGACCAACCACACAGCCAUUUGGAGAAUUAAGCAAAAAUGUAAAUUCGGCCCCUCAGGAUUGUGUUCGUGAUACAUAAACGGCGCCGAAUUCUCCCGCACGCUCGCCCGCUACAUUCCCCUCUCACCGAAACAUUCUCCUGUGGCAGCUCUCACCUCUCCCUCUCUCCCUCCCUCCCUCCGUCGCUCCCUCAUCAGCCGAGCAGGUAUACACAGGUGAAGGUGAGGACCGAACCGACUCUAAGCGCAAAAUAGACUAGAAGGGUUUAUUUUUUUGUUAGUGAUAAUGGUUCUUUUUUUGUAUGCGUGUUUAUCGAGAAAACGCCACCAUGGUAUAGAAUAGAUAUUUGAUAGGCUAGAAGAUCAUUUACUCCACAUGUUAUCGUUUUGUGUAAGGAUCCUGUAAAGAACAAGUGACGUCUGUGUUCUCAGCCAUAAUCCUUCGAGUUUUUUGAUCCUCUAUUCUCCUUUUAGUUCCUCUCUCCCCUCCCCAACCUUCCCCUCCACUUAGCCACCUCAAACCUAUUCCCUUCUUUUCCCUCGUUCCUUCUUUUUCUUGUCUAUCAUAUUUUUCAUCCUUACAGUGAUAUAUCCAACCUUAUGCAUUCUUCAAUUCAUUCCUUCUUCCAUUUCUUUUCUCCUCCUCCUCUUCUUCCUCCUCCUCCUAUCCACGGCUCCUUUCCACCCUUUCUUCCCGUGGCCAACAACCCUCUUGCCCAAAGUACAAAUUAGCCUUUAAUUUUACCUCAGUCAUCCCGUUACGUUCCCGCGGAGAGCACGGGUCGUCGCAGCCUGGGAGGGGCCAAGUAAUCCCCCCCCCCCCUGCGCCCGCGCCCUCCGUCUGUGGGUGUACAUAGUGUAUAGGACGACGAUCGAGCUAGAGUGUUCAUACGGUGUACAUAGGUAUCGUGUUUUAAAUUAUUUAUAUGUCUGUGUUGUCCAAUAAAUGACUUUUCACUAA